CUUAAGGUGAAUGCAAUCCCUCUCCUUGUCAUUCCACCGGAAGCUCGCUGACCCACAGCAUGCUGGCAGCAGCUUUGCUGCGCAACAAAUGGCGGAUUAGAUCUGACUUCAAUUUUUUAACCAUUGUAGCACCAUGCUUUUGUGAGGCCAACAAUGAACCCACAGGAGGAAGCAGAAAUCCGGAAGAGACGUGGCACAUAAACAUAGAGGAAGCAGACAGCUAAGGUUCAUGAUGACAUCCUUUGUAACUGCUUUCCCAGAGAAUCUAGGGAGGUAGCUUAAAGGACAGCAUUGCUGCAUUACUUAAAACGAACGAGUCUUUUUUUAUGUCAGUGUGACAGCUAACUAGCACAUGUGGCUAUGGGUCUCUGCAAGUGUCCGAAGAGGAAGGUGACCAAUUUGUUCUGCUUCGAGCAUCGUGUGAACGUGUGUGAACAUUGCCUUGUUUCAAACCACAACAAGUGUAUCGUGCAGUCUUAUCUUCAGUGGCUUCAGGACAGCGAUUAUAACCCAAGCUGUGCUCUGUGCAAUAAUCCUCUGGCCACACAAGACACAGUCAGAUUGAUCUGCUAUGAUGUUUUCCACUGGGCGUGUCUUAAUAACUUGGCAUCUCGGCUGCCGCUCCAUACAGCCCCAGCAGGGUACCAGUGCCCCAGCUGUCAGGGUCCAGUGUUCCCACCUUCCAAUCUGGCCAGCCCAGUGGCUGAUGUGCUGAAAGAGCAGCUUUCAUCUGUUAACUGGGCUAGAGCUGGUUUAGGGUUGCCUUUGAUUGAAGAGCCUGUUGGGGUUCUUGAAGAGACAACAGCUAAUGAUGUUUCCGACUACACAGACUGGUCAACAUUUGAUGCACAAGAAAAAAGUAACAUAUAUUCCAGUCACUCCUAUAACACUAGCCUCAGCCCACCUGCUGUUUCACCUCCAACACAAGAAAAUGUUGGAGGUCUUCCUAAAAACGGGGAUCCAAAUAUGCCACAGCAUUCUGUGAUCAACUUUCCUGCUGCUACCACCAGUGACACCAUUACAAUACACAAAGCAUCAUCGCCAAGAAAGGUCUACGACACACGGGACGUUCACAGCACUGUCACGCAGAUUGACUUCGAUGACGACAAGUACCGGCGGCGACCAGCACUCAGUUGGUUUGCACAAAUUUUAAAAAACCGCACCGGUGGAAAGAAGACUGCUCUGUCCUGGAAGCAGAGAGUCUUCAUGCUUGUUUUGGUCGGAGUUCUGGGGUUCUUUACGUUGAUAAUCAUCAUGGCUAAACUCGGUCGUGCCACCGCCGGCUCAGACCCAAAUUUAGAUCCUCUUCUUAACCCCAAUAUCCGCGUGGGGAAAAACUGAGGAGGAGCAGUGGUCUGUUGUUUUACGUGUGUGAUUUAUAAGACAAGCAAAUAUAGAUCGGUGUGAAAAAGAACAGAUACACUGACAGCCCACCAGAGGGCGCUCUUUACACAACUCUUAGAGGAUGUUCAUCUUCCAUCCGAGCAUGUCAGGGCCCUUCAGAGACUGUAAAGAACCAGUUCUUGCACCAUUCGGCAGGUUCUUGUGAUCCAGGUGAAGAAACAAAGAACCUUUAAAGGCGACCAAGGCUCGGUGCAUUUACACAGUUUAUCCAGUUGUUGUUGCUUUGGUGAAGAGGGGCAAUACUUUAUUCAGCUAACAUUUCUCUGUGAUCUUUCUAAGUUGAUUCAUUUCUGUUCUUCAGAUUUCCUUACAAAGCAUUGAAAUGUCAACAUACUACUGUCUGCAGUAAAACUGAUUCUUAUUAUAAAUAAAGUGGCUCUGUGUUGCCAUGGGACCUGGAGUCAGACUUACCCAAUGCAUCCUACAUUCAUACAACCAUGGUGAUCUGCAUUAAUUCUGCAUAUGGAGUGCUUUGCUUUUAGAUUUGCCAUUCAUACUGUGUGUAUAUUUUCUUGGUGGUUUUUGAGCGACCAUUAAAUUGGAAUCCCCCAAAAUGA